UCCUAUCCGUCCUUGGAAUCAAUCAAGCUAGAAGCAUUCAUGGAGUAUGAUAUUCUAAUGAUUAUGCUCGAACGUCGAAACCUUUUAACAGGUCCAUUCAUCAAGAAAAUCACUAAACUUCAUUUGCUCAACCCUUAUCCGCCGGAAAUCCGCCCGGUACUCCGUACUCUUCUUGAUUGUAAAUGGGUAAAGAGGCCAUCGAAUAGGGAGCUAUCUUUGGCAUGUAAUGCCGAAAUUAUCCUUGACCUUUCAUUGUUGGAAGCAGAAGAAGUGCCCACAGCUGACUCAGAGAGGCAGUCAAUACUAAAGCAACUUCAAGAGUACCCGAACAGCGAUGAUGAGGUUCUAGCGACUUGGGAGAAACGAGCAGGGCUAUGGGACACUUUGAACAAAGCUGGUGGAGGGAGAUUGGCUGCUUGUUCAGGUAAUUGGGAGCUCACAAAAGAUAUAAAAUCCUGGGAUUAG